AUGGAAGAAUGGGUUAUUAUUUUGUUGGGUGCAGCAGGUGGUGUAGUUCUCAUUGCUGUCAUUGCAACAGUUGCUUAUUGUGUAGCUGCUAGCAGAAGAACAGAGGAGUAUCAACCUUUAGAGAAAGGAAAUGUUUUUGUUUAUGAAAGAGAUAAUUCACAACAAAUCAAAGAGGAUACAAUCAUGAUGAACGCUAGAUUCUAUUUAAGAUCAACUAUAUAUACUUUGGAUAAACAAUUACCACAAUUCGGAUCAAGACCAGAUAAGAACUAUUUCUCUGUGGUUGGUACAGCACAACCAAACAGCAAGAAUGAAGGUGAAAGAGUUAUGUCGAUGGUACCAGUUUCAAAGAAUUGGCCAAUUCCAUUGUCAACCGAACAAGGUAGACAAACAUUCCGUACUAUUAUAAAGUCAAUGGAAAUCCAUCCAUUUAUUUGUGUACCAUUGUUGGUUGAUUUCCUACCAGAUAAAAUGAUGGCCGUAACAGUCAGACCAUUCUAUGCAAAGGGAUCAUUGAGAGAUUAUAUCCAUCAAUCGAAACCAAAGAAUAGAUAUCAUGAUAAAUACGUACAACAAUUCCAAUUGAAUGACAAAUUGAUUUCAAAGUUUGGUAGACAAAUCCUAGAGGCUCUUUUAUUCUUGAAAUAUCAUAAUAUGCCAUAUUAUCAUUUGAAUGCUUCUAAUAUUAUGUUGGAUGAUACUAAUUGUUUAGUAAGUGAUUACGAAAAUGCAUUUUUAGGAUUGAAACCAAGAUUUUCGAAAUACUUGUUGGCGCACUCUGAAAAGUUAGAUCCAGAGGUAUUGACUUUUGGAUGUAUAUUAUAUGAAAUGGGUUGUGGAUUUGAAAUGGAGUCACCACAGUCUGUAGAGCAAAUUGGAAUCCCAAAUCACUGUCACCCAGAGGUCAAGAAGAUCUUGGAAUCCAUUUUCAAACCAUGGUAUGGUAAUCCACCAACCUUGGAAGAGUUGACAAAAUUAAGUUUCUUUGCUGAUUGGAAAUUUAAGAAUCUACCAAUUCAAAGAGUUACUUUUACAACUAGAGAAAAAGAUAUGAUCGAUGCAGUAAACAAACUGAAUAAAGCACACAUUACACAACAGAAGGCAGAGAAUGUUCCAUCAAUGAAAACACUAAAGAAACAAAAGAAGAGAAAGACUUUGACAUUCGUACCGAUUGAGGUAUCACUUAAUCCAACAUCCUCAGGAAAUACCAGUGUUCCAACGUUCUCCUCAUCGAUGAGCGCCAGUAAUCUCACCAAUACAUUCAAUUCAUCGAUGUCAUCGUCAUUCAGUACAACAUCACUUUCAUCACAGCAAUCGUUUGGUAAUCUGAGUAACUCUUAUCAGCCAACAAGCAACACUUCCUCCAGUAACUUGGCAACUGCCACCACCCAAAAGAGUGCAUCAUAUCAACCAACAUCUUCGACGACAGCUCCAUCGUCAGCACCACCACCUCCACCACCAGCACCACCCGCACCAAAAUCAGCACCACCACCUCCACCCUCUGCCCCAGCACCACCACCUCCACCACCAUCGAGUGGAGGCGGUGGAGGUGAUCGUAGAGGUCUACUAAGUUCCAUCGAAGGAUUUAGAUCUGGUUCACUGAAAAAAACAAAAACAAAAGACAGAAGUGCACCAAAAGUAUAA